CCGCGCUGUUGAGGUUCUAAAUCUUACAGAGAGAGAGAGAAGGAAGGAAGGAAGUCUUUGAGGUGGGAGAGAAAGAGAAUGGCGUCGGGAUGGGGGAUAACAGGGAACAAAGGUAGGUGCUACGAUUUCUGGAUGGACUUCAGCGAGUGUAUGUCUAACUGCAGGCAGCCAAAGGAUUGUGUUCUUCUUAGAGAAGAUUAUCUCGAGUGCCUCCACCACUCCAAAGAGUUCCAACGUAGGAAUCGGAUUUAUAAGGAGGAGCAACGUCAAAUUAGAGCAGCAGAAAGGAAGGGCAAUGAAGAUGCUGGUGGUGGGCAUGGUCAUUGACAAGACGAAUCAUGAUAAUUUUUAAUCAAGUUUUUCAUGAAUAAAUGUGUGGACUUUGUUAGUUUACUUUAUAUUUGGGUGAAACAGACGGAUGUAUCUCUUUAUUAAUGUACGUACUCAAGGAUUUCUUGGUACAUGGCUGGGUAAUUUCAACAUCCCAAGGAGCCUGCCUGAUUGAUUGGCAGAAUCUGCUAUUGCAAGGCGGCACUGUCCUUAUUUUUUCCAAUAAAAAUGAAAACUUGGUAUCA